UGUUUGUCCCUCCGCUCCUCCCGUUAAAACCCCGGAAGUCCCUCCUCAGUCCACAGUACAAACUUCUCUACAACGCCUCCGACAGCCCGCCGACGCCAUGCACCGAUUAAAGCUCAUUUCUGGACACUUGUGUCCCGGCGGCUCCGCUGAGUUUAACCGGGACUUACGGAGGGCGGAAUGCGGCUCGGCAGCUGCGACACGCAGCCGCAACUCUCCGGACGACGUGGUGGUGGUUCACGGACGGAGGACUGCGAUAGGACGGGCGAAGAGAGGCACUCUGAAGGAUACGACGCCCGACGAGUUGCUGAGCGCCGUGAUGACGGCGGUUCUGACGGAUGUGGGACUGUCACCUGAUAGGCUGGGAGACGUCUGCGUCGGUAACGUGCUGCAGCCCGGCGCCGGCGCUCUCAUGGCCAGAGUGGCUCACUUCCUCAGCGGCUUCCCGGAGUCGGUCCCGGUCUACACGGUGAACCGGCAGUGCUCCUCCGGCCUGCAGGCGCUCCUCAACCUGGCGGGAUCCAUCCGGAGCAGAAGCGUGGACCUGGGCCUCGCCUGCGGGGUGGAGAGCAUGUCGCUGCAGUCGAUGGGGAAUCCAGGAGAUCUGAGCUCCAGAGUGUCGGACGUGGAGAAGGCCAGAGACUGCCUCAUCCCCAUGGGGAUCACGUCGGAGAACGUCGCUGAGAGGUUUGGAGUCUCCAGAGAGAAGCAGGACGCCUUCGCUCUGAGCUCACAGCAGAAGGCGGCCCGGGCUCAGAGUCUGGGCCGGUUCGACCAGGAGAUCGUCCCCGUCACGACCAGGUUCGUGGACGCUGACGGCAAACAGCUACAGGUGACGGUCAGCAGAGACGAAGGCGUCCGGCCGGGAACGACGCUGGAGGGACUCGCUAAGCUGAGGCCGGCCUUCACGCCGGACGGCAGCACCACGGCAGGUAACUCCAGCCAGGUGAGCGACGGGGCGGCCGCCCUGCUGGUGGGCCGCAGGGCUGCGGUGGAGGCUCUGGGGCUGCCGGUUCUAGGGGUCCUGAGGGCCAGCGCCGUGGUGGGGGUCCCUCCUGAUGUGAUGGGUAUCGGACCGGCCGUCGCCAUCCCUGCAGCUCUGGAGAAGGCUGGACUGACUGUGGCUGAUAUCGAUGUGUUUGAAAUCAACGAGGCCUUCGCAAGUCAGGCGGUCUACUGCGUGGAGAAACUGGGGAUCCCUGUGGAGAAGGUGAACCCGAACGGCGGCGCCAUCGCUCUGGGCCACCCGCUGGGCUGCACCGGCGCUCGCCAGGUGGUGACGCUGCUCAACGAGCUCCGUCGCCGAGGCAGGAGGGCGUUCGGAGUCGUGUCCAUGUGCAUCGGGACGGGGAUGGGAGCCGCUGCCGUCUUCGAAUACCCCGGACCGUAGCAGCAGACGGCAAACCAAAACCUGAAUACUGUGAUUAGACAUGAUGUGUCUGCUUAGAAUCAGCCAGCAGCCGUCUGAGGACCAGGACCUGACAGCAGGGACAACACCACAUCAAUAAUUAAGACCUGAAAUGUUUCUGUGAGCUCCACAGCUUCGACAAAAGUACUGAGAAUGGAAUCAGGCUUAAAGUGCUUUCUCUCUCUGUGUCUUUAUUGUAAUCUGAUGUAUUAAAGAGUCUGCUGCCCUCUAACGCUCUGAACUACAAAACACCGUUUAUCAGUCAGCAUGGAAAUAGUUCAACAUCUACAGGAUGAGGAGACCGCAGCGCUUCAGGAGAAACCAGCCAGAGGUUCUGGAAGACAUUUCUCCAGCUGGUUUGUCCUGAAGCUUAGACCAUGUUCGAGUAAUUUUGGAGAAUGCUUUGUAAUUUUAGAUCAGUUUCAUGUCAUUUUGGACAAUUUCUUGACAUCUUAAGUAAUUUUUUGGGCGAUUUCGGGCAAAUUUUGAAAACUGGAACUCGAAUAAAAUGACUCAAAAAUGGUUUAAAAUGAUGAGGUUUUCCAGAAUUGUUGAAAAACGGAUUCAAAAUGCUUCAAAACUUGUCCAAUAUGACUCAAAAACUGUCUGUGACGGCAUAAAUACCUGCAGAAUUGUUGAAAAGCAGUGCCCCAAAACUUGUUCAAAAUUAAUAUGAGAGGACAAUAAAAGCUACUGGAUCGAUGAAA